CCUUCCUUUCCUGUUUCGGCCUCGACUGAAGAAACACAUAGCUAUGGCACCUCGCAAGGGUAAGGAAAAGAAGGAAGAGCAGGUGAUCAGCCUGGGACCCCAGGUUGCUGAAGGCGAGAAUGUCUUCGGUGUCUGCCAUAUUUUCGCAUCCUUCAACGAUACCUUUGUGCACGUCACUGACCUCUCUGGCAAAGAGACAAUCUGCCGUGUGACUGGUGGGAUGAAGGUGAAGGCGGACAGAGAUGAGUCCUCUCCUUACGCUGCUAUGCUGGCAGCCCAGGACGUGGCUCAGAGGUGCAAGGAGCUGGGCAUCACCGCCCUGCACAUCAAGCUGAGGGCUACAGGUGGUAACAGAACCAAGACCCCUGGACCAGGCGCACAGUCAGCUCUCCGGGCCUUGGCUCGCUCAGGCAUGAAGAUCGGCCGCAUUGAGGAUGUCACCCCAAUUCCUUCAGACAGCACCCGCAGAAAGGGUGGACGUCGUGGGCGUCGUCUGUAAACUGCUUUGGAUUUUUCACAGAAUAAAAAAAAAUGAAAGUCA